ACAUUGAGAAACGGGCGGCAGAUAAUUUAGACUUUACCGAUCUCUGCAAACAGAACUCAUCAGAAUGCGGACGUGACUAUUAUCCUCUGCUGAACCAACGAGAAGAUCCACUUCAAAUGCCACUGUCACUUAUAGUUUCCACUAAACUCGCUUUUGAAAUAUCCACCACACCUACUCCUCCUUCCGAUUCUUCCCAGACAUUAUUGUCUGAUUCUUUAUCCUCAACUUCACAAUCAUCGCCGACAGAAAUAGUAUUGUCACCCACUUCCGAUGCUACAGAUCAAUUGCAAACAACAGAGACGCAGUCAUCUCCAGAGCAGGUUCCAUCGGCGAUGCCGUACAGAAUAACGGGAAGCGCAGAGACUUUAAGAACGGAGAAAGGAAAUGUUGGAAUGGUGGCAUUGGCGGUUACGAUCCUUACGUUGGUGUUUUGGUAG